AUGAGCAAGUCAUCCCCUGCGAGUUCGGAAUGUCUGUACACUGGUGCAGAGGUGUCUCGGCCGCUUCACCUCCGCGCCGGCGCAGUGGGCAAACGGGCGAGCGGACGAACGGACUGGGAGGGGAAGGGUGGGAGAGGAGAGUUACGUGCGGUGAAUGCGUGCGUGCGUGCGCUUUACGGCGGCUCGUUACGGCGCCGCUUAGCCCUGGAGCGAGAGAGCGAGAAAGAGAGAAGAGAGAGAGAGAUGGACAUAAACAGAGGAAGAUAUGAACAGCGAGACAGAGAGAGAGAGAGAGAGAGAGAGAUAGAGAGGAGUACCAGACGGUCGGACAAUGAGAGAGGAAAAGAAGAAAGGGAAUCUAGACAGAGGCAAAGAGGAAAUGACAAUCAGUCAGAUAGUGAGAGAUAUAAACAGAGGAAGAGGGUGAGAGAAAAACAGAGAACACAGAACCUGAUGAGAGAGGGAGGGGUGCAAUUAUUUGCCGAAAGCGCGCGAUUGCCAAGCAGCAGCGCUGGAAACGCAGCGAACAAGAACACCCGAACAGAGUGCAAAUAA